UAUAUCAUCGCUCACAAACUCGCGCAUACACAUAUCCCGGCCAAUCACUCCAGGAAACUCACUCACUUAUCACCUCAGAGCCAUCUCCAUCCAUCAUGUCGAAGACUGCCGCUCCACGCAAGACUCAUCGAGUCGGAAUCAUCAUGAACGGUGUGACCGGUCGUAUGGGUACCAACCAACAUCUCAUUCGAUCCAUCCUUGCUAUCCAGAAACAAGGUGGAGUCACCUGUGCGGAUGGAGACAAGAUCUAUCCUGAACCAGUACUUGUCGGUCGAAACAUUGAUAAAUUGCACGAUUUGGCCAUCGCGAAUGGAGUCGAUAAAUCCUGCUGUACAACGGACGAGGACGCUGCUCUGGCUGAUCCGAAGAACAUGAUCUAUUUUGAUGCCCAGACGACGGGUAGACGAGCUGAUGCCGUCAAGAAAGCUAUCGCAGCUGGCAAGCAUGUGUACUGUGAGAAACCGACCGCGACGACAACGAAAGGAGCAUACGAGCUGUAUAAGAUCGCCAAGGAUGCAGGUGUCAAGCAAGGCGUCGUUCAAGACAAGCUGUUCUUACCUGGUCUAGUCAAGCUCAAGCAAUUGAUAGAUGGUGGAUUCUUUGGCGAAAUCUUAUCUGUCAAGGGAGACUUUGGAUAUUGGGUCUUCACCGGAUUGACACCCGUGGCUCCUCAACGUCCUUCUUGGAAUUACCGAAAGGAAGAUGAUGGAGGGAUCAUUGUCGAUAUGCUCUGUCAUUGGCGUUAUGUGAUUCACAAUCUCUUUGGACCCAUCAAAUCGCUCACUUGCCUCGGUGCGACUCAUAUCAAGGAACGUGUCGAUGAAUCGGGUCAAAAAUACAAAUGUACUGCCGACGAUGCUUCCUACGCGACAUUCGAGCUCGAAAGCGGUGUCAUCGUCAACUUUGUCUCCUCCUGGACCACUAGACCGAGACGGGACGAUUUGUUGACGAUUCAAGUGGACGGAACUCAAGGAUCUGCCGUCGCUACGCUGAGAGAUUGUGUCAUUCAGCAUGAAUCAUCUACCCCUCGACCUAUCUGGAACCCUGAUGUACCAGCUACGAUCGACCACUAUGCUACCUGGAGCAAGAUGCCGGAUUAUCAAGUGUGCGACAAUGCAUUCAAAGUUCAAUGGGAGAUGUUUUUGAGACAUGUCAUCAAGGAUGAACCGUGGAAGUAUGAUCUGCUAGAGGGAGCAAAAGGCGUACAGCUCACUGAGCUGGGUCUUCAGAGUUGGGCAGAGAGGAGAUGGGUCGAUGUACCUGAAUUGUAGGCGUUUUGAGGGGCGGCGGCUCAUCCCCAAUGCAUAUGAAAUAG